AUGACUGACAAAAUGGAACAAGAUGCUGGUGAUGCUGAAACAUUCGCUUUUCAAGCUGAAAUUGCUCAAUUAAUGUCUUUAAUUAUCAAUACAUUUUAUUCGAAUAAAGAAAUUUUUCUUCGUGAACUUAUUUCCAAUUCAUCUGAUGCUUUGGAUAAAAUUCGUUAUGAAUCUCUUACUGAUUCAACUAAACUUGAUACUGGAAAAGAAUUAUUUAUUAAAAUGAUACCGGACAAAGCAAGUAAUACAUUAACCAUCAUUGAUACCGGUAUUGGUAUGACAAAGGCCGAUCUCGUUAAUAACUUGGGUACCAUUGCUCGAUCAGGUACUCGCGCUUUUAUGGAGGCGCUUCAAGCCGGUGCUGAUAUUUCCAUGAUUGGUCAAUUCGGUGUUGGUUUUUAUUCAUCAUAUUUAGUAGCUGAUAGAGUAGUAGUUACAUCGAAACAUAACGAUGAUGAACAAUAUGUAUGGGAAUCCAGUGCUGGUGGUUCAUUUAUCAUCAAACGAGAUACAACUGGUGAACCACUUAAUCGUGGUACAAAAAUUGUUAUGUAUCUUAAAGAAGAUCAGACUGAAUAUCUUGAAGAAAAACGCAUUAAAGAAGUCAUUAAGAAACAUUCACAAUUCAUUGGUUAUCCAAUUAAAUUACUUGUGCAAAAAGAACGAGAAAAAGAAAUUUCCGAUGAUGAAGCAGAAGAUGAAAAGAAAGAAGAAAAGAAAGCUGAAGACGAAACUAAAAAAGAUGAAACUAAAGUUGAAGAAAUCGAUGAAGACGAAGACGAUGACAAGAAGAAAGAUGUCGAUAAGAAAAAGAAGAAGAAAAUAAAAGAAAAAUACACUGACGAAGAAGAACUUAACAAACAAAAACCAAUUUGGACACGAAAUCCUGAAGAUAUUUCAACUGAAGAAUAUGCUGAAUUUUAUAAACAAUUAACAAAUGACUGGGAAGAUCAUUUGGCUGUGAAGCACUUCAAUGUUGAAGGUCAACUUGAAUUUCGAGCUUUAUUAUUUAUUCCAAAACGUGCACCAUUUGAUUUAUUUGAAAAUCGCAAAACAAAAAAUUCAAUUAAAUUAUACGUUCGUCGUGUAUUUAUUAUGGAAAAUUGUGAAGAAUUAAUGCCUGAAUAUUUGAAUUUCAUUAAAGGUGUUGUUGAUUCAGAAGAUUUACCAUUGAAUAUUUCUCGUGAAACGUUACAACAAAAUAAAAUUCUUAAAGUGAUUAGAAAAAAUUUAGUCAAAAAAUGUGUAGAACUGAUGGAAGAAAUAGCUGAAGAUAAAGAAUCGUUCAAGAAAUUUUAUGAACAAUUCUCACGUAAUUUGAAGCUUGGCAUUCAUGAAGACUCAGCAAAUCGUUCGAAAAUCGCUAGUUUCUUACGUUAUCAUUCAUCAACAUCCGGCGAUGAAUUAACAUCGUUGAAAGACUAUGUAUCACGAAUGAAAGAAAAUCAAAAAGACAUUUAUUACAUUACGGGUGAAUCUCGACAAAUUGUUGAUCAAUCUUCAUUUGUUGAACGCAUACGUAAACGUGGUUUUGAAAUCAUCUACAUGACUGAACCAAUUGAUGAAUAUUGCGUACAACAAUUGAAAGAAUUCGAUGGCAAAACACUUGUUUCUGUCACCAAAGAAGGUUUAGAAUUACCAGAAGAUGAAGAAGAAAAGAAGAAACGAGAACAAGACAAAGAAAAAUAUGAAACAUUAUGCAAAGUAAUGAAAGAUAUUUUGGACAAGAAAAUCGAAAAAGUUGUUGUUAGCAAUCGACUUGUUUCAUCACCAUGUUGUGUUGUUACAUCACAAUAUGGUUGGUCAGCAUCUAUGGAACGUAUCAUGAAAGCUCAAGCUUUACGUGAUACAUCAACCAUGGGUUAUAUGGCUGCUAAAAAACAUCUUGAAAUCAAUCCUGAUCAUUCAAUCAUCAAGACGCUCAAAUUAAAAGUUGAUCAAGAUAAAAAUGAUAAAUCCGUUAAAGAUUUAGUUACUUUAUUAUAUGAAACAUCAUUGUUAGCCAGUGGUUUUACUCUUGAAUUACCACAACAACAUUCAGAUCGUAUAUUCCGCAUGAUUAAACUCGGCUUAGGUAUUGAUGAAGACGAUGCUGUUGAAAGUGGAACAGCUGCUGGAGAUUCAACUGCAAACAUGCCACCACUUGAAGCAACUGGAGAGAAUGCGGCUGCUGUUUCAGCUGAAGCUUCUCGCAUGGAAGAAGUUGAUUAA